AUGGGUGUCACCGGUCUCUGGACCAUCGUGCAACCCUGCGCUCGUCCAACUCCCCUUCCAGCUCUCAACCGCAAACGACUCGCCGUCGACGCCUCAAUCUGGAUCUACCAAUUCCUGAAAGCUGUGCGCGAUAAAGAAGGAAAUGCGCUUCGCAAUUCGCAUAUUGUGGGGUUCUUCCGCAGGAUAUGCAAACUUUUGUUUCACGGCAUUAAACCCGUUUUUGUAUUCGAUGGUGGCGCGCCCGUAUUGAAACGUCAAACGGUAUUGGGGAGGAAGAGGCGAAGAGAGGGGAGAAGGGAGGAUGCUGUUAGGACUGCAGGGAGACUUUUGGGGGUACAAAUGAAGAGGAGGGCGGAGGAGGAAGAUAGUGAGAGGAAGAGGAGAGAAAGGGAAGGACGAAGUAAACCUGUCGAAGAAGAGGAAGUGGUCCCGGAAGAACAAUUGGCAUAUGUGGAUGAGAUAGGGAUGUCAGAACAACAAGUGCAAACGACACGAAAAUUCUAUAAGAAGGACGCAUAUCAUUUACCCGAAUUGUCGAAUGGCAUAGAAGGGAUGGGACGACCGGAAGAUCCGAGAAUCAUGUCAGCAGAGGAACUGGAAGAAUACGCGAGACAAUUCCAUAAUGGGGAAGAUGUAAAUUUAUAUGAUUUUAGCAAGAUCGAUUUUAAUGGGGAGUUUUUUAUGAGUUUACCAGCGGGGGAUCGGUAUAAUAUUUUGAAUGCGGCAAGGUUGAGGAGUAGAUUGAGGAUGGGGUUGAGUAAGGAACAAUUGGAAGAGAUGUUUCCGGAUAGGAUGGCGUUCUCGAAAUUUCAGAUUGAAAGAGUGAGGGAGAGAAAUGAGUUGACGCAGAGAUUGAUGAACCUGAAUGGAAUGAACUCGGAGGAGCAGAUGUUUGGGGUUAAUGGAACAAGUAGGAUUGCAGGGGAGAGGGGAAGGGAAUAUGUUUUGGUCAAGAAUGAUGGUGUUGAAGGUGGGUGGGCUUUAGGUGUGGUCUCCUUGGAGAAAGGAGUGGGGGAUAGGAAUAAACCGAUCGAUGUUGAUGAUUAUGAUCGAAAAAAUAACAAAGUGGACUUGGUAUCUGAAUCCGAGGAAGAUGAUUUUGAGGAUGUUCCUGUUGAAGGAUUGAAUCGGCUACCGAAAACCAAAGGUGAUGGGAGGAAUAUGACUUACAGCGAUUUUCAAGCCAGAGAAGUUGCUGAAAGGAAGAAAGAGUACUCCAACUCGAUGAGAAAAUCAACUUCAAAACUUACACGAAUGCCAUCUGAGGAUCCAGAUUCUCUUUUUGUGAGUGAUGCAGUCGGAGAACCCGGACUCAGCUCCUUGAUUGCAACUUACGAUGAUGAGGAUGAAGAUAUCCAUCGCGCGAUUGCUCUGUCGUUACAACAAGAUCAAAAUGAGGAUGUAGAACUUGCCGAGGAGGAUCAUCUGAAUCGAGCCAUUGAACUAUCACUCCAAAAAGGCUAUGGUCAGGAAGAGGCAGAAGAGGAGGAAGAUGAUUCAUUUGAGGAUGUCCCCAUGCCAGAAUAUGAGCAAAGAGCAGUAGCAGAUGCUAGACCUCUCACUAAUUCUAGUGGAAAAAUGAUUGCUCAUAUGGUUAACAAUAGAGCUAACGCUGCUGUGCCGAAACGGAAAGAAGAGACUGAGAAGAUGGAUAGUGAUAGUGAUAGCGAUAUGGAUUUCCAGUCCGCAUUAAGGAAAGCAAGGACACAAAAGGCACCGGAAAAAGUCCGUCAAGCAGCACCAGUGGUUGUGAACAAAAAGAAUCCUUUCGAUGGACCUUUGCCUUUUGAGAGUAUCCAAUUCAAAUCAUCUUUAUUUGGCAAAAAGAAUAAAACAGAAGAAGUACCUAGAGAUCCAGUAGAAGAAGAUGAAGAGGAAUUAGCUGGUGGUUUCGAGAAAGAAGAUGAAGAAGAAAAGGCGAAACCACUACCUCCUUGGUUGGUUGGUAAUGAUGAUAUCAGAUCACAAGUUCAAGAGCAGCGCAAGAAAGACCAAGAGUUGAACGCGAAAGAUCGUGAAAGAGCAGAAGAAGACGAGAGGAUCUUUCAACGUGAUCACGGGGUUAUACAUGUAGACUCUGAUGAUGAUAAUGAUAGUGAUGUGGAAGUUUUGGAUAAAGCGCCCACGCCUAAUAUUGCCGAGAUUAGUAUGGAUGAUUUGGCGGAAGGUGUUAAAGCUCAACCGUCGCAGCCUGAUGUUCCUCAAGAUAGACGACCAUCGGCGGAAUCUCGUAUGGAAGAUACGGUUAAUUUGUUAGAGGAGUCUGAUGAACCGGUGGAGUGGUCGGAGAGUGAUUAUGGGGAUCCUGUUCCUGAAUCUGAGAAGACUCCCAAUUUCAAGGAUCCCGCCGGAGAGAGUAUAGAAAUGGCUUCUUCGAAAUCGAAAUCACCAUCUCCUAUAUUUGAAGAUGUGAAUUUUAAUGAUGUUCGAGCAACUGAACGUACACGGUUAUCGACUUCUGCAAGAAAAAGUCCGUCUCCAGUGUUUGAAGAUGUUCAAAUGACAGAUGUUAUAUCUACCUUGUCAUCUGGACCAAUUGUACCCGAUAUGUCACCAGUUGACGAUGCAUAUGAUCGUCAAGAAGCUGAAGCGAUUCCAGACGAAUUCGAUUUUAGUGAUCCAGAAGAAGAAGAAUUAAUGACACAACUCGCUAUCGAAGCAGAAGAACAUGCUCGAUUUGCCAGUACGUUAAACAACAAAUCCGAAAAAGAAAACCACGAUUCAUAUGAGCAAGAACUCAAAGCACUGCGAAGUCAACAAAAGAAAGAUCGUAGAGAUGCAGAUGAAGUAUCUCACAUCAUGAUCACAGAGUGUCAAGCUCUACUCCGUCUCUUCGGUAUUCCUUACAUCACCGCACCAAUGGAAGCAGAAGCUCAAUGUGCUGAGCUUGUUCGUCUGGGCCUUGUAGAUGGCAUUGUGACGGAUGAUUCAGAUAUUUUUCUUUUUGGUGGGACGAGAGUCUAUAAGAAUUUAUUCAAUUCCAAUAAACUCAUUGAGUGUUACCUCUCAUCCGACCUGGAAAAAGAACUUUCUCUUUCGAGAGAUCAACUUAUCUCCAUAGCUCAUUUACUAGGCUCAGAUUACACGGAAGGAAUUCCCGGUAUUGGACCCGUCACCGCCGUGGAGAUCCUCUCAGAAUUUCCCUCCCAUGCCGGUCUUGAAGAAUUCAAAGAAUGGUGGUCCCUCGUUCAAAAUCCUCUUACAACCCCUCCACUCGCGAGCGAACCAACACUCUUCCGGAAGAAAUUCCGUCGCUCACAAGCGACGAAACUCUUUCUACCCCCUGCAUUCCCGAGUCAGGCGGUUACGGAAGCAUAUCUCAAACCGGAUGUCGAUAGUACGGCCGAGGCUUUCCAAUGGGGUGUCCCAGAUCUAGGACAAUUGAGAGAAUUUCUGAUGACCACGGUGGGAUGGAGUCAGGAACGAGUGGAUGAAAUUUUAGUACCGGUGAUUAGGGAUAUGAAUCGACGGGAGACGGAGGGGACGCAGAGUAAUAUCACGAGAUACUUUGAGGGUGGGGUUGGGGUUGGGGGAGUAGGAAAUAAUGGAGGGGAGGGCAGGGAAAAGGGGAGCAAGAGGAUGAGAGAAGCGGUGGGGAAAUUGAAGGCAAAGAAGAGAGGUGGAGCUGCGAAUUCAUUGAAGGAUAGAGGUACCUUUGCGGAUAAUGCGAGGGAAUGGGCGAAGAAGAAUGAAUUGAGUGUGGAGGCGCAGGCGAAAAGAGAUGCGAUUAAAAAAGGGACGGGGAAGGGAAAGGGAAGGAAAAGAGUAGUGGAGGAGGUGGAUGGGGAUGAGGGAGGUGAGGAUGAGGAUGCGGAUGUCGAUGCUGGAAUAGAAUACAAUGAAGCAGAUGAUGAUGAUGAUGAUGAGGCAGAGGAAGAGGACUCAAUAGGCUCUAAAGCAAAAACAGUGGGUUCGGAGAAAGGAAAGGGAAAAGGAAAAGGCAGGGGGAACGGAAGAGGAAGAGGAAGGGGCAAUGGAAAAAUAACGGGACAAGGGGUAAAGAGACCGAAGAUUACGGAAUGA